AACAGCCUUUGUCGUCCGCUUGCCACAGCGUUUUCAUCAAAUCAGCCUCAAGAGAACACCGACAAGGAAAUGGCUGCUGCACAGGCAUUGAAAUCUAGUACCCAGGCCUUGUACCGAUACGUGGGAGGAGUGUACCUCAACAUCGGCUAUCUCGAGCAAAGCGUGCUCUCCGCGUUAUCCUACGAGCCGUUGGAUGGCGACCUCUUCAUCGCGAGUUACCCGAAGUGUGGAACAACAUGGACGCAGCUCAUCGUACUCAGCAUUCUGGACGAAAGACCUGCCCCGACAAGCUUCACGGAAUCCACGAGCAGAAGUCCACACUUGGAAUUUACGGGGGCGGAAGGCGCGCGUGCCAUGCCUCGGCCAGGGGCCAUCAAGACCCACUUGCCGUUCCACAGGGUCCCUUACUCGGCUAAGGCCAAGUACAUCUACGUAACCCGUAACCCGUAUGACUGCUGCGUGUCAUGCUAUUACCACACGAAGACCUUCCUUUCGAUAAUAUUCGACGGUACGUUCGACGAGUUCUUCGAAAUUUUCGUCGAUGGAAAAGUGGACUAUGGUGACUACUUUGCCCACCUUCUGUCCUGGUACAAACGUCGCAGUGACAGUAACGUGCUGUUCUUGACGUACGAAGACCUCAAGAGGGACCUCCGUGGCUCGGUUCUGAAGAUUGCCGACUUCAUCGACAAGCAGCAAUAUGGCGACAAGUUGAGGAAGCAACCGGAAUUAUUAAGUAAAGUCCUCGACUCCGUUAGCCUCGACGCGAUGAAGAAAGUCAAUACCCAAUUUGAAGAGUGGUGUACAAAAAUGGCAAACGUGCCCUUGGAAGCCUUGCCCGAGGAAAUGAGAUCGAGAAUGGAAAUCGUGAAAGAAUUUUUGCCGAAGCCGGGCACGACAGAUUUUGUGAGGAAAGGCAUUGUGGGAGACUGGAAAAAUCACUUUUCGUCCGAGCAGAUCACGAAGAUGAAAGAUGUGAUUGCUGUGAAGACAGCUGGUAGCGACGUCAUGGAUCUAUGGAAGGACACGGAUAUACCACGUUGAGGACAGAGUUUUUUUUUUUCAUUGUCUUUUCUUGAUUUUCUGGUUCGGGAUUUGACAUCAUGACGAUCACUGGUUGUUGGUCUUUGGUGUAAGUUAAUCUAAUAAAU